AUGACGGUUUUUGUUGAAAAAAGUUCAUCCUCGAAUAAUGGCGGAACUUCCGGAUAUAAGAAUGGUAAUGGAAACAAUGGAACAACGAGUCAUACUGAGACACAUACCAGCAGUUCACAUACUGAAACCCAUACUAACGGUGGGAAACACACCGGCGGCAAUGGGAGUAAUGGAAACAACAGUACACACACUGUAACUAAUACCGACCAAAAUGGUAGUCAAACAAGUAAUACUACUAAUAACAAUGGAACCAGUGGUCAUAAUGGCACUAAAGGAAAUACUAAUGGGUCUAAUGGGGGUACCAUACAUACGGAGUCUCAUACAAGUAAUACACACACAGAAACACAUACCGGUGGCGCAGGGGGUCAUGGAGGUAAACAUUCAUCUAGUUCAAGUAGUUCAAGCAGUAGUUCAAGCAGCAGCAGCAGCAGUAGUAGUUCUACUAGCAGCAGUACAACUACUAAUGGCACGAAUGGUCAUGGUGGAAAGGGAGGAAACAAUACCAGUUCACAUACUAGUACACACACUGAAACACACAGUAGUACUACCAACAACAGUCUGAAUAACAAUGGAAAACAGACCUCUUCUAGUAAUAACUCAAAUAGAAGCAACAGUACUACACAGUCUAAUGAUAAUAACUCUGGUAAACUCAAUUCGUCAGCUAAUAAUUCCGGUAGUAGCAACAAUGCUUUGCAAUCAAGCACGAACAAUAGUGGAGCCAAAAAUAAAAAUUCCAAUUCAGGCGACCAAAGAAACAGCAGUUCUGGCAAGAACAGUACAAAUACAAGCAAUUCUUCUUCUAACACAAAUACUGCGAAUUCAGCAAACUCUUUAAACAAAAACUCUGCGGCAACGAAUACAAAUACCAGCAAUACAGCAAAUCAAAUGUCAAAUAACAACAAACAAACCGCACAGAACGUAAAUUCUAAUUCAAAUAUAGCAAAUCAAAAUGCAGCUUCAAAGAAUAGUACAUCUAAUCAAAAUACCAACCAAAGUUCAAAUACAGCUAAUAAUAGUAACAAUUCAAACAAACAAUUAUCAAGCAGUGCUCAUGCGUCAACAUCAGCUGUUAAAAUGCAUACUACUAAACGUAUGACUACACCGAAACCGACUACAACCCAAAGACCCACAACUACAAAGAAACCGACUACAACACAAAAGCCCACAACUACACCAAAACCGACAACGACCCAAAAGCCUACAACUACAACAAAACCGACAACGACCCAAAAACUUACGACUACACAAAAACCGACAACGACCCACAAACCAACACCUACACCCCAUCAUCAUCAUAUCCACAGGACCAAUCCUGUACAGAAAAUAAUAACAACUCAGAGACCGAAACCAACGACCAACAAGCCUACAAGCACAACACCAAAACCAACAACAGCCGUUCAUAAAAUUCAUAGAACACACCGUCCCGGUCCAACACCUCCAACCAUCCCACCAACGACCAAAGCGCCAUCUACAGCACAUAAAAUUAAUAGAACUCACCGACCUAGACCAACACCUCCAACCAUCCCACCAACGACCAAGGCGCCAUCUACAACACAUAAAAUGGUGAAAACACAUCGUCCAGGACCAACUCCUCCAACGAUACCUCCAACUACGCAUGCUCAAACAACACGUGCUGGACCUACGCCACCUACAAUGCCAGGAAGUACUGCUGGACCGACACCACCAACAAUGCUUGGAAAUACCGCCGGACCAACGCCACCUACAGUUGUUACAAAUACUGACACAGUAGUCAAAAAUAAAGUUACAACACCGAUGGCAAUCAUUAUCCUCAAAACAACAACGCCAGGCUGUCCCCCGUAUGAUGGUGCCACAUGUCCAGCAGAUUGCCAGUCAUAUGACAUGGAUUUCUGUCCAAUUUGUGACUAUUCUAUUUGUAGUGCAACCAAACCAUAA